AUGGCAUUGCCGACGUUUCCAUUGCACCUGACCACUCUUUCAUCUUCCUCUUUGUCAACAUUAAUCCAAAGGCCAACUCUCUGUACCUUCUCAGACCAUUGGGGUACAUGGACUGCUCUAUUGGCCACAGGCACUAUCGGCCUAUGGUCAGAGAAGACAAAGAUUGGGAGCAUGGUGAGUGCUGCACUAGUGAGCAUUUUACUUGGGCUUGUGGCGAGUAAUAUGGGGAUUAUUCCAUUUGAAGCGCCGGCGUAUUCAACAGUGUUUCAAUAUUUGCUGCCAUUAACAGUGCCUUUAUUAUUAUUCAGAGCAGAUAUGAGGCAAGUGAUACAGUCGACCGGGACUUUGUUCCAGGCUUUCUUGUUAGGAUCAGUUGCAACAGUUGUUGGAACAACAGUGGCAUUCCUGAUGGUACCCAUGAGAUCACUCGGCCAGGAUAACUGGAAAGUAGCUUCUUCUCUCAUGGGUAGCUAUAUUGGUGGAGCUAUCAAUUAUGUUGCAAUCUCAGAGGCACUUAGUACUUCUCCGUCAGUUGUAGCUGCAGGUGUAGCUGCAGAUAAUGUCAUUUGUGCGGUUUAUUUUGUUGUAUUAUUUGGAUUGGCCUCAAAAAUACCUUCAGAGGCUUCAACAUCGACCAAUGAUGCUUCUACAGCUAUGAAGUCCGAGGGAAACAAACUUUCUGUGCUCCAUAUGGCUACUGCACUUGCUGUUUCAUUCGCUAUAUGCAAAGCUGCCACUUCUCUUACCAAAUUGCUAGGAAUUCAAGGAGGUGAUCUUCCUGCAAUUACAGCAAUUGUUGUGGUUUUAGCAACUUUGCUUCCAAAAUACUUCUGCCACCUUGCACCUGCUGGUGAAGCAUUUGCUGUAGUAUUGAUGCAGGUAUUUUUUGCUGUUGUGGGUGCCGGUGGGAGUAUAUGGAAUGUAAUCCAUACAGCACCUAGUAUUUUCUUGUUUGCUUUCAUUCAAGUGACUGUUCAUCUCCUUGUGAUACUUGCAUUGGGAAGAUUGUUCAGAUUGGACUCAAAACUGUUACUAUUAGCAUCGAAUGCUAAUAUUGGAGGUCCUACGACAGCAGGUGGAAUGGCUACAGCAAAAGGAUGGGGUUCUUUGGUCAUUCCCGGCAUUCUAGUAGGGAUAUUUGGAAUAUCAAUAGCGACCUUUUUGGGCAUUGGUUUUGGAACGGUUUUGUGGCAGAUUAUGUUUUUCUUGGUUUUUGUUGGAUAUAUGUUUAUUUGGGUUAUGUUGGCCACAAAAACUUACAAAACUUCAUGGACCCCAAAGUUGAAUGAAAAACUCAAUUCCACUUAUUUUCGAGAGCAAGGGACAAAUCUUCUUUUGUUUAGUUUUCCAAUUAUGUUCAUUGCAGCACUGGGCAGUGUUUAUCUUCAUUUUCAGAAGAAAUCAUCAAACUCCGGAAGUUCGAAGGGAAAGAGCCGUUGUGUUUCAAUGAAACGUCCGGCAAUGGUGAGGGCUCCUCUGGGAAUUGUGAAUGGAGUUGAGCUGGCAUUUGCUGUCAUGUUCAUAGCACUUAUGAUAUGGUCUCUUGCAAAUUAUUUAUAUGUCAGUUUUGGCGCCCUCCAUAUGCAUACACCAGGAGAGAAAGUGUGGCAAGCAAAAUUUCGCAGUGUAUCCCUGAGGCUUGGGUACAUUGGAAACACAUGCUGGGCAUUUCUAUUUUUCCCAGUGACACGUGCAUCCUCAAUAUUGCCUCUUGUUGGGCUCACAUCAGAAUCUAGCAUGAAAUAUCAUAUCUGGCUUGGGCAUCUUUCAAAUGUUCUUUUUGCUGCACAUAGCAUAGGAUUCAUCAUCUACUGGUGGGCAAUGACUAAUCAAAUGUACCUGAUGCUUCAAUGGAGCAGUACCUAUUUAUCCAACAUAGCUGGAGUAAUAGCUUUUGUGGUUUCAUUGGGGAUGUGGGCAACAAGUUUCGAUCGAAUCAGGAGAAAGUUUUUUGAAGUUUUCUUCUAUGCUCACCAUCUCUACAUUCUCUAUGUAUUCUUCUACAUAUUGCAUGUGGGAGUUGCCUAUUUCUGCAUGAUUCUCCCUGGGAUUUUUCUCUUCCUUAUUGAUAGAUACUUGAGAUUCUUACAGUCAAGAAGGAGGGCCAGAUUAUUCUCAGCACGCCUGCUGCCUAAUGGCUCCAUGGAACUCACUUUCUCCAAGAAUCCAGGAUUGAGUUACAACCCAACAAGUGUAUUGUUUAUUCAUGUACCAAGCAUAUGCAAGCUGCAGUGGCACCCAUUUACAGUAAUUUCCAACAGUAACUUGGAGGCAGAUAAGAUCAGUAUUGCAAUAAAAACUGAGGGAAGUUGGACUCAAAAGCUUUAUAAACAACUUUCUUCUUCUUUGGAUCAUCUUCAAUUCUCAACUGAAGGACCUUAUGAACCUUCUUCAUCUCAUUUUCUAAGGUAUUCGGAUUCUUUGGUGAUGAUUUGCGGAGGAAGUGGCAUUACUCCUUUCAUUUCCAUAAUCCGAGAGAUCAUCUUCAGAAGUACACAACCAAACUUUAAAGCACCAAAAAUUCUUCUAGUAACUGCCUUCAAGAACACAGCUGAUCUCUCAAUGCUAGACCUCUUGCUCCCCAUAUAUGGAGAUUCUAUAGAUAUUUCCAAAGUACAAUUACAAAUAGAAGCCUACAUCACAAGAGAAAACGAUCAAAAAUCCUUUGAAAAUGCCCAUGAACUCAUCCAGGCUAAAUUUUUCCAGCCAAAUCCAUCAGAUUCGCCGAUUUCUUCAGCCCUUGGGAAAAACAGUUGGCUAUUGCUCGGGGCUGUAAUCUCGUCCUCCUUCAUCAUGUUUUUACUCUUUCUGGGAAUCAUCACUCGUUACCAUAUAUAUCCUGUCGAGAGGAGGGGACAGAAUUACCAUUACAGUUUUAAGAUUUUAUGGGAUAUGUUUCUUGUAAUGGCUUGUGUAUUUAUAGGAACUAGUGUCGUUUUCCUCUUGCAAAAGAGAGAAAAUUCUGUGGAAGAAAGGCAGAUUCAGAACGCGGAAAUGACAACACCAACCUCAUCACCAGCUUCAUGGUUAUGUGCUACUGAGAGAGAACUUGAAAGCUUGCCUCAGCAGUCCCUAGUGCAAUGUACAAAGGUGCACUAUGGUGCUAGACCUGAUCUAAAGAGCAUACUUUUCGACUGCAAAGAACCAGACGUUGGAGUUCUAGUUUGCGGGCCAAAGAGCAUGCGCCAUGAAGUUGCAAAAAUAUGUGCUUCUGCAUUGGCAGAAAACCUGCAUUUUGAGUCCAUUAGCUUCAAUUGGUGA